ACCUCAUCUUAUCGAGCUUAGUAUCCAAAAAAACUGCACACCAUGAAGUUAGAUACCUCUCAUAUGCGGCAUUUGACUGCGGAUGACUUCAGAGUACUUCAAGCAGUAGAGUUGGGAUCCAGAAACCAUGAGUUGGUGCCCACACAAAUGAUCCAUUCUAUUGGAGGAUUGAAGAGCCCAACUGCCACUAAUAGAGCUAUUGGUGAUUUGGCCAAAUUAAAGCUCCUAGCCCGUUUAAGAAAUGCAAAAUACGACGGUUUUAGAAUCACAUACAACGGCUAUGAUUACCUUGCGCUUAACAGUAUGAACAGCAGAGAUACCCUUUAUUCUGUAGGAUCAACUAUUGGCGUAGGAAAAGAAUCAGAUAUUUAUUCUGCCAGUGAUAGAGCUGGAAAGCAAAAGGUUCUCAAAAUUCAUAGGUUGGGAAGAACAUCUUUCAAGACAGUGAAGAAUAAUCGUGACUAUUUAAGAAACAGAAAGACUACCAACUGGAUGUAUUUAUCCAGAUUGGCAGCAAAUAAGGAACAUCAAUUCAUGAAGGUAUUGUACGACAAUGGGUUCAAUGUUCCUGAGCCUUUUGAUGCAUCAAGACAUAUGGUAUUGAUGGAGUGGAUAGAUGGUUUGACCAUGAAGCAUCUUAAAAAACAUCCCAAUUACAAGAAGUUGUAUUCUGACUUGAUGAACUUUAUUGUGAGACUUGCGAAUCAUGGAUUAAUUCACUGUGACUUCAAUGAGUUUAAUAUCAUCAUCAGAAACGAAGAAGAUGCCAAGGGACGUGAUUUUGACUUUGUUGUCAUUGACUUCCCUCAGUGUGUCUCCACAAAGCAUGUUGAUGCUGAAGCAUACUUUAAAAGAGAUGUCGAGGGUGUUAAAGCCUUUUUCGAAAAAAAGUUUAGAUAUUCCCCAAGAGACGAUCAGACUAUGUUCGAUACAGACGGCUAUGGUGAUGGGUUCAAAUAUGCAUACCCAAAGUUCAAAAGAGACGUCACAAGGAUCAAAGAUCUUGAUGUCGAAGUAGAGGCUUCUGGUUAUGUGAAGAAAAACAAGAAGCAGGAAGCUAAGGACUUGGAAGCGGCUGUUCAAGCAAUGAGAGAUGUGAACUUAGAGGAUGAAGGAUUUGACGAUGAAGAAUAUUCUGAGGAAGAUAGCUAUUCAGAGGAGUAUGAGGAUGAUUUCGAUGAUUUGGAAGCUGAACAACGAAAAGCAGACAUAGAGGAACAGACCAAGCAAGAGAACGAAAAGAUCGUGCAAGCAUUAAGCAAAGGAAGCAAACAGCUUCAAAUGGACAAGUUUGGUAACUAUAUUCUUGAGGAAGAAGAAUAGAUUGGAAACUUGAUAUAUAUAUGUAUAUUAGUUUUUUAUUAUUACCUUAAAUAUAAACAAAAAGUAGAUAAUAUAGGCCUACCUAACCUUAACGAGUGGACAUACCCUUGGUGACGGCUCUCUUCAACGACAAUUCAGCCUUUCUGUAGUCGUCAGCGGAGGAGUCUUCGAUUUCCAAAGCAGCCAAAGCUUCAGACAAAGCGGUUUCGAUCUUGUCCUUAGCAGACUUCUUCAACUUAGCAGACAAAACUGGAUCGGUGAUGGUGGUUUCAACAGAAGCAACAUAAGCUUCCAACUUUUGCUUUUGUUCGUGUCUCUUGGCGAAAGCAUCGUCAGAAGACUUGAAUUUUUCAGCAUCUUCAAUCAUCUUUUCGAUUUCAUCAGAAGACAAUCUACCGAUGGAGUUAGAGAUGGUGAUGUUAGCGGAUCUACCGGUGGACUUUUCAACAGCGGUAACCUUCAAGAUACCGUUGGCAUCAACUUCGAAGAUGGCUUCCAACACUGGUUCACCAGCAGACAUUGGUGGGAUGUUCUUCAAGUCGAAUUCACCCAACAAAGUGUUUUCGGUACAGUUGACUCUUUCACCUUGGUACACUGGGAAUUGAACAGUGGUUUGGUGGUCGGCAACAGUGGUGAAAGUUCUUCUCUUGAUAGUUGGAACAGUCGAAUUUCUUGGGACAACUGGAGCGAAAACGUUACCUUGCAUGGCAACACCCAAAGACAAUGGGAUAACAUCCAACAACAACAAGUCCUUGGUAUCUUCAGAAGUGGAUUGACCAGUCAAGAUAGCACCUUGAACAGCGGCACCGUAAGCAACAGCUUCAUCUGGGUUAAUAGACUUUUCCAAUUGCUUACCAUCAAAGAAGUCAGACAACAACUUUUGGACCUUUGGAAUUCUGGUGGAACCACCAACCAAGACAACUUCAUCGACAGCGGACUUAGCAAUCUUAGCAUCCUUCAUAACUUGUUCAACUGGGUCCAAAGUGGACUUGAACAAAGCAGAGUUGAUGUCUUCGAAUCUAGCUC